AGUAAUGAAUAGUUAUCAUUGACUCCUCUGAGUCACACAGUAUACGUCUUGCUGUCAGAUAUUUGAAUUUGUAGCAAUCGCCAUCAUGUUAUUAUUACCCAGGCUAUGUGUCUGUGCUGUUUUGCUGUUGCUAUUGGAUCCAGUUGUACUGUUUAGAGUUCCACAACGACUCCUGGCGAGGGAAACGGAGAGAAAAGACACACACGAGGUUGUUUCAAAGGCAAUCCAGAGACUGCAUGAGCUAUUUGACAUUGGAGAUUUACCACAAAACGCUUUACCUCACAGGAAACCCCCGCAAUUUAUGGUGGAUCUAUUCAAUGCUGUUGCUGACUCGGACGGGAUAACGAAGGAGCCGGGAAUUCUGGAAGGCAAUGUUGUCCGAAGUUUUGAGGAUAAAGUUCAUUCCGAUCAGUCACAUUACUACUUCAACUUGUCCUCAUUUGGUAGAAAAGAAAAAAUGAUUAAAGCCGAACUUCGGAUUUUUAGACAGAAACAGAGUGUAGUCCCUGGGAAAUCAUUUGGACAUCAUUUUUGCAAAAUUGAUGUUUAUGAGUUACUGGAUAGCGGGAUGAAACCAUGGAGAGGGAACCUGAUAACAUCAAGAUUAUUACCGCUGUAUACUCAAGGAUGGGAAGUGAUUAAUGUCACUCAAACGGUGUCUAAAUGGAUUCUUGACAGUAGCUCAAAUCACGGAUUCCUUAUUGUCACGACGCUGCCUUCGGGAAAUUCGUUGGAAUCUAGAUUUGGAAGAAACCAAAAGCAUGGGAAACAUGCCUUCCUUGUGCUGUUCUCUGACGAUGGGAGAAGAGGGUCUACAGCUACAAACAUUUCACCUCUGUUGGGUCGGAAAGCUUUAGCAAAGGAUGAUACCCCUCACAUUCCUGCCCCAAGUGAAAAUGCAGUGCCUUCAGACAACCAGGUGAGCAAAAGCAGAAAAAUCCGAUCUGCUUCUGUGUCUGUUGAAAGGAACCCCAUGUCUUGCCAAAGGCUCCCUCUGUAUGUAGACUUUGAGGAAAUUGGUUGGUCUGGAUGGAUCAUUUCACCUAAAGGAUACAAUGCUUAUCAUUGCAAGGGGUCUUGUCCAUUUCCCCUUGGGGAAGGCUUGAGAGCCACCAACCAUGCUACUGUCCAGUCCAUCGUGAAUGCUCUGAAACUAUCACAAGAUGUGGAAAUGCCUUGUUGUGUGCCAGAUAAACUGCAUUCCAUUAAUCUUUUGUAUUUUGAUGAUGAAGAAAAUGUAGUUCUUAAACAAUAUGAUGAUAUGGUGGCAGUAAGCUGUGGAUGUCAUUAAUGGAUAUGAAGGAGCUAUAUAGUAUCAGCAUAUGUGUUUUAAUUUAAUUUAAACUCCAAUGACAUGAUUUUUUACAAGGGGGAGGGGAUAUACAAAUUCAGACUUUUCAAAGUCAAUAGAAAUUUUGAUAAUGAUUCAUUGAAAAAUAUUAACAUUUGCAAUUAUUUGUUGUAUUAAA